AUGGGUGUGCAAAAGAAGACUCGCAAGUUCGCGCAGAUGAAGCGCGCCAUCAAAGCCCGUGAUGAGCGACUGAAGAAGCCGGAAGCGAAAAAGGAGACGCCCAAGGAGGAUCAGCUGACUCGACAAGUCACCCAAGCUCCUUCGAACAUGUUCUUUGCCGCGAACACUGCCCUUGGCCCUCCCUACCACGUGCUGGUCGAUACCAACUUUGUUUCCCACGCCAUUCGAGCCAAGCAGGACCUACUUACUUCGAUGAUGGACUUGCUGUACGCGAAGUGUAUUCCGACCUUCUCAGACUGCACUAUCGCGGAAUUGGAAAAGCUGGGUGACAAGUACCGCCUCGCACUUCGGGUUGCCAAAGACCCUCGGUGGUCUAGGGUUAAGUGCUCUCACAAGGGUACCUAUGCAGAUGACUGUAUCGUGGAUCGGGUGACCAAGCAUAGAAUUUACAUUGUGGCGACCAAUGAUCAAGAUCUGUGUCGCCGCCUGCGCAAGAUUCCUGGUGUUCCGAUCAUGAAGGUUGCUAGGGGCAAAUUCACCAUCGAGAAGUUGCCCGAUGCUUUGGAUUAA